CUUUAGCUCCAGCUGGUCGGCGUGAAUUGUGUCGUCGUCUUGAAUUACAUCUUUUUAUUUUGUUAUUUUUGUGAUUUUCGGAAGAUAAAUUAUUCGGAAAUUAGUGUGAAAUGGCUGCUAUAUUCAAACGAGCGUCGACUGUCGCCAAAUUUCAGGCUGUGCAAUCUCAUAUCCGUCUGUUCUGCGAUGCUCCAAAAUUCCCCGGUGCCAAAACAACGUGGACUCAGACUUUAAAAAUAUCAGAAGCAAAGCCGGAAGAACACCUGCCAGUAUACAGGGUGCUCGACAAACAUGGGGUUGUCAUCAACUCCUCCCACGAGCCAAAACUGUCGAAUGAUGUGCUCCGUAAAAUGUACAAAUCCAUGACGAUGCUUAACCAAAUGGAUAACAUCUUAUACGAGAGCCAGCGCCAAGGUCGCAUCUCAUUUUACAUGACCAACUAUGGUGAGGAAGCAGCGCAAAUUGGCAGUAUUGCUGCUCUCAAGGACGACGACCUUGUCUUUGGACAGUACAGAGAGGCCGGUGUGCUGGUUUACAGGGGCAUGUCUCUCGACCUGUUCAUGAACCAGUGCUAUGGCAACAACCUGGACGUGGGCAAGGGAAAGCAGAUGCCUGUGCAUUAUGGCAACAAGGACCUUCACUUUGUGACUAUUUCUAGCCCUUUAACUACUCAACUACCCCAGGCUGCUGGAGCUGCCUAUGCUUUUAAAAGAGCAAAGAACGGCCGAGUCGUUAUUACCUAUUUUGGAGACGGCGCAGCUUCCGAAGGUGAUUUUCAUGCAGCUCUAAAUUUUGCAGCUACGCUCGAGUGCCCAGUGAUAUUCUUUUGUCGAAACAACGGAUACGCAAUCUCAACUCCGACUUACGAGCAAUACCGUGGUGAUGGAAUCGCCAGCAGAGGUCCAGGGUAUGGAAUAGGCACUGUUCGAUGUGACGGUAACGACCUUUUGGCCGUUUACAAUACUGUGGAGCUGGCCAGGAAAUACUGCGUUGAAAAUAACAAGCCCAUUAUUGUUGAGGCAAUGACCUAUAGAGUUGGUCAUCACAGCACCUCGGACGAUAGCACUGCCUACAGACCCAAAGAGGAAAUUGGAAUGUGGAGCUCUACCGAAAAUCCAGUAGGGAAGUUCAGAAAGUACUUGGAAACUAGAGGGUUGUGGAGCGCUGAAGAGGAAAAAAGCUGGGCAAAAGAUGCUCGGAAACAGAUAUUGGAUGCUUUCAACAAGGCAGAGAAUGUGCCAAAGCCAGACUGGCGAGAAAUGUUUGAAGGGGUCUAUCAAAAUCUCACUCCUGCUUUGAAAGAGCAAAUUAAGGAGAUGGAGUCUCAUCUGAAGUCGUACGGUUCCCACUACCCUCUAGACAAAUUCAGGGCUCCAAAAUAAAACUCAGAAUCUAUGAAUGACUCAGGAAUCACAUGACGUCUCAAAUCAAAUAUAUUUUUGUAACUAUAAUAACAAAUUGUUGAAAAUAGGCAUUUCUAUUAAGUUUGGUACAAUUAUUAAUAUUUUGUUGAUUUGAAAAGUUGCCAUAUAUAUUGAAUAUAAUAAAAUACAAAGCAUUAAAUACAAAACUCAUAACUG